AUGACCUUGGACCAGCAAGAAACCUACGCCUUCGGCACCAACGCCGUCCACCUGGGCGCGCCCAUCGACGCCACCACCGGCGCCGUCAUCGAGGCGGUGUCGCUCCUGACCACCUUCGCCCAGCUGGCGCCCGCCCAGCCGUUGGGCGAGUUUGAAUACCUGCGCUCGGACAACCCCAACCGCCAGAACUUUGAGCGCGCCGUCGCCGCGUUGGAGCAGGCGAAGUACGCCAUCGCCGUGUCGUCGGGUUCUGCUGCCACCGCGUUGGUGAUCCAGCUGUUGCCCGUCGGCGCCCACAUCAUCUCUGGCGGUGAUGUUUACGGUGGUACCCACAGAUACUUCACCAAGGUCGCCAACACCCACGGGGUUGACGCCACUUUUGUCAACGACCUCGAGCGCGACUUGAAGAGCGCUGUCAAGGACAACACCGCGCUCGUGUGGUUGGAAACCCCUUCCAACCCGACGCUUGCGGUGACGUCGAUCGCGCUGGUCUCUGCCCAAAUCAAGGAGCUCAACCAAGCCAGAGCCAACCCCAUUUUGUUGGCCGUCGACAACACCUUCUCGUCGCCGUACAUCACCAACCCGUUGGCGCACGGCGCCGACAUCGUGUCGCACUCGGUCACCAAGUACCUCAACGGCCACUCCGACGUGGUGAUGGGGGUGGUCGCCGUCAACUCUGCCGAGCUCCACGACAAGAUCCGCUUCUUGCAGAACGCCGUCGGCGCCAUCCCGUCGCCGUUCGACCUGUGGUUGGCCCACCGCGGGUUGAAGACGUUGCACUUGCGCGUGCGCCAAGCGAGCGCCACCGCGCAAAAGUUGGCCGAGUUUUUGGCGGCGCACCCCGCCGUCAAGGCCGUCAACUACCCGGGUUUGCCCGACCACCCCAACCAUGCCGUGGUGCAAAAGCAGCACCGCGGCGGCCUUGGCGGGGGCAUGAUCUCGUUCAGAAUCAACGGCAACGCCGCCGCGGCGCUGAAGUUCUGCCAGCUGACGAAGUUGUUUACUCUCGCCGAAUCGUUGGGCGGGAUCGAGUCGUUGUGCGAGGUGCCCGCGGUGAUGACCCACGGCGGCAUUCCUCAACAACAGAGAGAGCUGGUGGGUGUGUUUGACGACUUGAUCAGAUUGUCGGUGGGUAUUGAGGACACGGACGACUUGAUCCGCGACGUCGAACAGGCGUUGGCUGCCGCCACUUAG